AUGUUUAAGUGGGUACAAUCAGGACUUUCUGCCGUGGCUGGACUUGCCGAACCUGAAUAUGGUGCCGAUGCCAUUCGUCCAGUUACUGACAUUCCCGAAGGUGAACCAGUUUAUAGAGAAACAGAUGCUAAGGAUUUCCUUUGGCAGGGGCUUAAUUACACCAAUGUUGAAACUCAAACUUUCUAUUUUACUUGUUUAAAAACUGGAUUUACUGGAUUUGCUCAAAUCAUUCAUUCCAAUGUCAUGGGUGUUCACACAACUGCUCAAUUCACUUUCAGAUUAUGUAAUUUCAAAGAUGGUAAAAACAUCAAUCUUUGGACUUCAACUAAAUUAGAGGAUUUUGAGAUCAAAGGUAAUAAUUUCUAUGCUAAGAACUUAUCCUUUGAAUUGGUUGGUGAAAACAAAUAUAUCUUGAAAUCUUCAGUUACUGAAGAAUCAAUUGUUGAAUUUGAAGUAGAAAAAUUAGUCCCUGGAGUUAUCUUUGGUAAAAACGGUGAAACUCUUUAUGGUGAAGAUCUUGAAAAUCCUUGGGGUUCAAUGAGACAUGUUUUCUGGCCUCGUUGUUCUGUAAAAGGAACUAUCAAAACCAAAGAAGGAGAUUAUGAAAUUGAUGGAUUAACUAUGUUUGUUAUGGCUUUACAAGGAAUGAAACCUCAUCAUGCUGCUAAAUCAUGGAAUUUCUUAAAUUUUCAGUCAGAAAACUAUUCUGCUGUACAAAUGGAAUUCACUACUCCAAAAUCUUAUGCUAACACUAAAGUCAAUAUUGGUAUUGUUUGCUCUAAAGAUAAAAUCUUAUGUGCAUCCAUCAAUAAUAACGUUGUACAUAAAGAUAGUGUAGUUGAUGAAGUUGGUUGGCCUGUUCCUAAAGCUAUUAGUUUCCAUCAUGAUGAUGAUAAAUUCCAUGGUGAAGUUUCAGGUAAUUUAGAUCGUUUGGUUGAAAGGGUUGAUGUUAUGGCAGAAAUUCCUCAAUUCGUUAAGAAUAUUGUUAGUGGAGUUGCCGGAGCAAAACCUUACAUUUACCAAUAUUUAGAAGAUUUUGAAAUCAAAUUCGAUGAUGUUUCUGAAAAGGGAGUUGCUUAUACUGAAGUCACUUUCAUCACUGAAUUUGAUUGA